CUCAUCCUGUGCUUCUCACAUCUGUCCUGAAUUCAAGCCCACCCAGUCCAACACUAGGCGACAUAAAUUGAUUCCUACGACCACAUAAUCAUCAGAGAAUCGAUAGUACAAACAAAAACAUGGCAUCUGGUGAUCCACAAUACGAUGCGCUAGUACAAUUAAUGCAUCGGUACUUUUCCGACGACGGUAACAUCCCUUCUGAAUAUAUCUAUCACAGAAUUAAUGAUUACCUUAAUCGGAAAAUCGGCGAUUCCUGCACAGCGGAUCAGUUGUGCUGGCUCGAGAGUUUUCUGCUGAGCUUUACCAUGUACUAUCUCUCGGACUGGUUCUACGUUAGCGAACUGCUCAUUUGUCUAAACGAGACAGAAGCGCAGCUCUAUUCUGCUCCAAUUGCAGAGGUGCUCUACCGCGCUCACUCCUCCAUAGCAGACAGCAGAGAGUGGGACACGAAAUGGGUAGAUUACUGCGCUCUUGUCGGUAGUGUUAUCGAGACUAGACUAGAUGAACUUGAACAUGAACAGCGACUGAUCAGGAUCCUUGUUCAAGUUUUUGCUGAGAAGAACCACCCGAGUCUCGAGAACAUCCUGUUAGAAGGAGCGGCCACAUGUCUGAGUAAGAUGAGCAAACCUGUCGUACUAUACAUCAGGUCGAAAGAAUGGGACAUGACAGAAUACGGGAUGGGCGGACGCGUGACACUUGAAGACUGGUGUCUCUGGGACGCUCGACUUCUUGCAUUCAAGCAUGAUAAAUCUCAGACUCCAGAAGCAAGGAGUGUGGCUGCAAAAGCAUUAUUACUCAUGCGAGGGGAUUAGAAGCACAAGCAGCAAAUGGCGACCACGGCGUUAAGGUCUUUUCCCCAACACAAACACAGUGCAGUAUCACGUCCUAUCACUCUGUUGCCCUCAGGCGUCUUGUUUUUCCUUUAAUAGAAGCGCAGCUAAUUACAACGUCAGAUAGUAGUAGUUUGCUACUAGGAGACAAUUGAUUCCUA